GUCUUGAACGGUUCUUUUGCUGAAUUCCUUCCGUUUGGUUCCGUAGCGGCCAAGCACAUCCGCGGCAGCACUACCACGGUACCACCGUAAGUGGGUUAGGAGAAAGUGCACUUUUUAGCACGAGCAGCGAUAACGCUGCCGCAGCCGUUUUUCAGUUGGGGUCUGCCCGCUCGACAUCGACGGUCGUGCCGCUUCUUAUCACAUCCUCUGUGCGCGCUACUUCUGGACACUGUAACAAUCACAAAUUCAAAUUCUAACAUCAAAAAUGGGCGUUGCAGGACAAACUGAAGAAUACAUUUGCGCGCUAGACGACACAGAGAAGAAAAAGGCACUGGACGAACUGAGGGAAGAUGAAAACAGCAGAGACCAAUCGCUGCAACAAAUGCGCGACUGGAUUGCCAAACAUCCUAACAUCAAGAAGUGUAGGACAGAUGCCCCAUUUUUGCUAAGAUUUCUUCGAACAAAAAAGUUCAGCGUCCCUCAAGCAUGUGAAAUGUUGGAACGAUACCUGACCAUCAGACAACUCUAUCCCCACUGGUUCCAAAAGCUGGACUGUGAAGAUAAAGAAUUAGCAGAAAUUAUUGACGCUGGGUACUUGGUUCCCCUUUUAGAAAGAGAUAACGGAAGAUUGGUGCUCUUCAGUUGUGCAGGAAAAUUCGACCCCCACAAAUACACGGCAGCACAUAUGAUAAGAGUCCACAGUUUAGUAACAGAAGCGUUGAUGGAUGAUGAAUUGAACCAAAUCAACGGAUAUACUUACAUCAACGACGAGAGCGGGUUCCAGAUGGCACACAUUUCUUUGUGGUCCUUGACGGACGUUAAGAAUAUUCUUAGAUGCAUCCAGAAUACCACACCAAUGCGACACAAAGCUAAUCAUUUCCUGAACAUAUCUCCUAGUGCAAUUAAACUAAUAGAUUUCGCCGUAUCACUCUUGAACGAGAAACUGAAGAAUCGAAUAUUUAUGUACAAAUCCGCUGAAGAACUGUAUCCGAAACUAGACAAGAAAAUACUUCCAAAAGAAUAUGGAGGCGAAGUUCCAUUGAAAGAGAUGCUGGACAAGUUCAAGGCACUAUUGAAAGAGAAGAGAGAAAAAGUCCUAGCCUUGGAUGAUAUGUAUAUAGAAAUUGAUGAGAAAAGUUGUCCUUUGGUGUCUGAAAUGAACGAAGAACUUGGUCUUGGGAUAGAUGGUUCUUUCAAGAAAUUAACUGUUGAUUAGUAUGCCUAGUAACUGUAUAAGAUGUCUCGAAAAAGUAUCCAUACUUCCAGUAAGGUCUGACAAUAUGUCUUAAGUAGUCAAGGUAUUAAUAACUGAGGUCUCCUAGAUAAAACCUGAGCAUUUCACCGUGUCGGCGUCAUUAAAGAAUCAGUUCCUUCUUAAUAUCUGCAGAAACUGUAACGUCAUCAUUGUCAAUGUAUUCUCUAACAAAGAUAAACAUCCAGCUAAAUAAGCUUAUAAAGUAUCAGUACCAUAAAAAGGGUAUACUUUUUUAGAGACAGUAUGUAUUAUCUAGUUAUGUGAUUUUUUUAAGGAUAUCUCAAUGUGAUAAAGGAAUGAAUUGUUUGUACAGCUAGGACUCCCAUAUCUGGAAUAUUAAAUUUAGAUAAUUAUUAUACUGAAUGGUAUAACAAUGUCGUGUAAGCUAUAUUAUAGGUUCUAUAAGUUUACGUUACUAGAUUAGUCGUGAAAUAAUUGUUAUUUAAUUUAUAUAGUUUUAUAUAAUGAGAUUUUGGCAACAGUUUAGCAACAACAUUUUUCAUAAUUUAUUGAAAACAGAAUAGACACCAAAGACUUUUCUCAGAAGAGAAUAUUAAAUUUUGAAUACUGGUUUGGUUCUUUGUUAAAAUGUUUGUUAUGUGUUGAAGCAAAUGUUCAGUUCCACAUUAGUAUAUUAAAUAAUUCAAAUUUCAGUAACAAAUUUCCACAGUUUAGCUCUUUAGCUAUCGAAGAUAAAAAUAUAUCUAUAUCCAAACUAUUGUUGUUAUAUUGUAAUCAAAUAUUUUUUAUAUAUUAGAAUGAAUUUCAGCGAUAUGAAUGAUUUGGGAUAAUCUAAAAAUAUAUAAUUUUUUAAUAAAUGUAACUAGUUCUUAAGAUCUACUUAAAGAAGUCCGAGGUGGAACCAAGUUACCAAUGUCCAUUUUUGUAAUGUAACUUAAUUUUACUUUUAUACUUAUCUUUAAAUGUAGACUAAAAUUUUAUUGUUAAUCAUCUUGCUUUUGUUAUACAUUAUUAUUCUGGAUGCUCAAACACAAGAGUACUAUUAUAGGCAUAAAAAACUGUUGUACACUUAUUACUAUGGUUGAAUAAAGAAUUUUGUUGUUA